UUUGGUUACACCCGAACUUAGCCCUUCCUUACUUGUUACAACUGCAUUUAAUUUUUGCAAGAAGCGUUUAUCCUCGAUUUGUGUUAAUGAGUGAUUUACAACUUCCAUGACGUCAAUACCUUCUUGCAAAGAUAGGCCUUUUGUUUGCAGCUUUUCAACCCCUGCACAAAGGCAAGCAAAGUUUGAUUUGAUAAAAAUAAGGUCAUUUUUCAGAUUCUUAUUUUUUAAUAUUUCUUUAGUUCGACGAAUAACGUCUGAGUCGUCAUUGCUGAGUUUAUUAAUUGCUGAAUCUAUGUCGUAUAAAUGAUCGCAAUAAUAUUCAGCCGCAUCAAUCCAUGUACCCCAACUCUGGAAAGUCUGCCCUGAAUUGACGGCGUCGAGACGGUGCCUUAAAACAAAAAAUAUUAUUGGUAAAUAUUUACUUAAUUUGUUCAAAUUGAGGUGAUAUGCAGCAAAAUAUGCAGCGAAUCAUUCAGGAAUGCUGCCAUCGUAUUGGCAUUAGCGGCUUCUACAACGCCAGCGAUCAAAAGGUAAGACUUUUCCGCACUUUCUUUGGUGCCAUCCAAAAUUCCAAAAACAAAAUUCGCAAUCAAUCUUUGCUCAACGUCAGUCGUUUCGUCAAUGGAUAUCCAAAUGUUUUUGUCGCCAACUGCGGCCCGCAUUUUUUCUAUAUUUUUUUCGUAUAACGCAGGAACAUACUUUAGGCGCAAAUUUGUAACACUCGGCACUGUCUUGUUAGUAUAUUUUUCAAGAAACUCUAUAACAGGUGGAUGACGUGCUUUUUCCAAUGGUAUAUUUGCGCUAUUUAUUCUCAACACUUUCUUUCAGCAGCAAUUGACUUUCGUUUUUUUCUGAGCGCCUCUCUACACACAGUUUGUGUUUGUGUGUUUCAAAAUGUUGUUUCACAUUGAAAGUUUUACCACCAGUUAUAGAGCAAUUACAAUAAAUGCAAAACAAAACAGACUUAUCUGUUCGCAGUAUGCCUUUGUACUGACUCGCCAUACGCGAGCAGAAUUCUGUUUUCGUUUCCUAUUCUUUAGGCAUUUGAAAUAAUAGUACACCAGUCAAAACUGGUUUCACACGCUCAUAACAAAAAAGAUAAAAAUGUAGUUCACAGCUGUCAGCGCGGAAAAAAUAGUGGUUGAGUUGCCACAUUUCGUCAAAUAAAGUAAAGGCUUAAAUACAUUCGAAGCCUCUGCGAGAGAAACAUGAAUGUGUUUAAUCGCGUAGAAUGUGUUUAAAGUUUAACAAAUAUGCAAACUAAGCAUGAUCAUCAAAUUAAGCUUGGAAACUCUAAAUAUGCAAAAUAAGCAAUUAUAAGCACAAGCUUAAAAUAGUUGGCCCUGGACAUUACUAACGUUUUGCAUUCAAAUAAAAAUGCUGUGGAGCAGGCCUGGGUCCACAUAAGCAAUUCCCUUGGCAAAACUGGCAAGUGUAUAUAAAUUAAACUUUUAUUUUAUGAAUCUCUUAACUUGUUUUUAUUUUUUAUGUUUUAUUAGUUAGUGAGUGCAAAGCUGGGUGGAUUAGCUUACGGGAGAGCUAUCGCUAUCACGCCAAAGUGGCCCGCAAGCACAAAAGGGGUAGCGCUGGCGGAGAAACGCUGGAAGAGCCUUUGUUUUCUGUUGAAUACUGUUGAUUGGGAGUUUGCUGAAGAAAUGGCAGUUUUGCCAAAUGUAUCACAGAAACGAAAAACUUUCACAAGUCCAGCUUUUGAAGAUUUCCAUUCAUCUUCCCCCAUAAAUAGAGCGGAUGUGGAGGAGUUAAAUGUUCCGCAAUAUGGUUAUAAUCCAACACCCACCACAAGUAAGCGGACAUUUAGCGGAAACCAAAAUGAUGAGCCAUGGUGUCGAUUCAAUAACAUCUUAAAGAAACAAGAGGAUUUGGUAGCAGGAAAGAACAACUCACCAUAUGCACAAGUCCUUGCUGGUUUUGACUGGUUGUUGAAUAAGCUUCCACGGUCAGUUGGUGAUGAUAUGUGUAUGGAAUUUAACAGUAUGCUGUUACAGCAAGUAAAUAAACUUAAAACAAAAAAUAGAAUAAGGAACAGAAAUAAAAUUAACAAUUAACUUUUUAUACACUUUUACCUCAUGAUUAGUUAUGAAAUAAAUAAACAUGAAAUUUAUAAAUAUUAAACUUAUUUUUUAAUAAAAAACAUAUUACA